UAAAUGGAAACAAAACAUACUGUGACCCCUGGAUCCCCUGGACACAGAAUGGCUGUCGUCCAAUAGGUCCAAUAGGCACAGAGGAAUGAAAUUCGUCUGCUUUCCCGCGGCUUCGGCUGUCCAGCAGUUCAACACGAUGAGAACGAAGACUUGCAGUGUCCCUGGGUGCUUUUCUUCCAGCAGGCAGGGAGAAGUAACUUUCUUCAGCUUUCCAAAGGGUCUAGAACGUGCACAGGAAUGGGUUCGUGCUGUAAGUGACCCUGACCUGGAUAUUGAAAAAGCGAUUAAGCAGCACAAACACAGGGUUGUCUGCUGUCGUCAUUUUACAACUUCCCAGUUUAACACUCCUGGAAGGGUGCGCCUCAACCGGAAUGCUGUACCCACCCUGUUUUUGCCAUCAUCUCUUAGUACUGAAAAGGGUCUUUCAGCUUCAUAUCUGCAGUACAGGAGCAACCAUAAGAUUGCAGAGCCAGGCAUCCAGGAUGAACAUGAGUGUAUAGAGGCUGAUGUGAAACAAGAGACAGGUAGCCUUGAAGAGGCUGGAAGUCAGUUUCUUCCUCCUCUAGACAGUUGGAUGCAUGGGUAUGAACGUGAUCUACAGCCCCUGCAGAAUGAUCAGGAGAGAGUGGAAAUGCCAGUACAGGAAGAUACUCAAUUGAGAGAAGAUAUUUUGGCCGAAAAUGAUACAACACAACAGCACAAUUCAGAUGGAACCCAAGCUGACCAUCAGAAUCACUGUGGAGAACCAGUGACACUUGAUGACACUGCUGUGAAUGUGAGAGAGAUAUCUGAAACUUGUGAUGCCACAUCUGAUCAUGGGGACACUGAUGAAUGCUGUGAUGUAAAGUUUAUUCCAAAUGAGCCUAGUACAGUAGCAUUAGGUACGUGGGAAAACUUACCAAAUCAACUGUGCCGGCUGUGUGCGUCUACAGAUGAACAUCCAAAGCAGUCAGUUGUUGGCUGGCUGGAUUUGCUGAAAGAAAUAAUUCCAGAUUUGGUGGCCCUGGAUGAUGGACUUCCUCAACAUAUAUGCCAGCCUUGCGCAAACAAGCUAUAUACUUGUACUAAGAUAAAAGCGGAUUUUAUUGAAGCAUAUAACAAGCUACAAGAAAGCUGUGGAUAUUCAAGGUCACCAGGAAUUCAGUUCAUAGAUAUUCCAUCAGCCAUGUCUUGUUACCCUAAAGAGCAGUUAGUAUCUGAGAUUGAAGACCAGUUAGUUUCGGAAAUUGAAGAGCAGAUGGUGCCUGAGGUUGAAGAACAGUUAGUUUCUGAGGUCCCUUCUGAAGGCCUUUGUAGACUUACACCAAACUCUAAAAAGGAUUUUCUUGAAGGAAAGAAGAUGACCUUAAAUACUGGUGGUGAUUUGUCUUUAAAUCUUGAAGAAUGUGCUAUUUCAGCCACUCAUGAUGAAGCAACCCUCCAAGGAAAUUUUCUCCAAAGUAAAUUGGAAAGUGUUGGUGACACCUCAGGUGCAUGUGAAAUGAAGGAACAGAAGGUAGGAAAAUAUAAGUAUGUAUGUGAUGAGUGUGAGGAAAUGUUCACAACAAAGGGAGCUCUAAAAGUACAUAGACUUGCCCAUCGUAAAGUUUUUGAAUGUGAAUGUUGUGGGAAACAAUGUAGGUCUGCAGCGCAGAUAGAUGACCACAGACGUAUUCACACCAAGGAGUUACCAUUCAUGUGCGAGUUGUGUGGAAAAUGUUUCCGAACCACAGAGCAGUUACGCAACCAUAAAUAUGUUCAUAAACCACUGAUUUAUGCUUGUGAAGUAUGUAAUAAGAAAUGUAGUAGUACGACUUUCUUAAGGCAGCACAAGAAGGUGCAUUGUACAGACACAAAGCUGAUAUGUGAAGUGUGUGGGAAAAUACUGUGUACUCCCUUUAGUUUUCGGAUUCACUUACGAAGUCAUACUGGUGAAAAACCUUUUCAGUGUGAUGUCUGUGGAAAGUGUUUUAGUGCUGCUAGCAAAUUGAAGAAACAUAGGUUUGUUCACACAAAUAGAAAAUUCCGAAGCAUUGCUUGUAGUAAGGAAUUCAGUUUCAAACAUUCAUUAUUACAACAUGAGGAAUGUCAUGCUAAGCUGAAGUAUUAUAGAUGUGUGAUCUGUUUUAGACCAUAUUCUAACUUACAAAACAUGAGAAGACAUCGUAAGUUAUAUUGUAAACACAUUAUUUGUAUUGUCUGCAAUGAGACCUUUCUGACUGAUGAGAUGUUAAAAGAACAUCGGUCAAAGGAACACACUGAGGAAGAGGUAAUGUUGGCAGCAAAAAGUUAUAAAAGACAGCAGUGUCAUAAAUGUCCACUUUGUGGCCUGGGUGUAACUGGACUAAAUAACAUGUUGAAGCACACGAAGGAGUGUCACAGUGGUUACAAUUAUAAACCAUUUGGUUGUGAAGAAUGUUCCAAAACAUUUACUUCUAUAAGUGCCUUGCAUAUACAUGUGAGAUGUCAUAGGGAAAACAGUUUAAUUGCGUGACUUGUGAUAAGGGGCUUAAAACAAAGAAAACACCCAAGUGGGAUGAUCACUCCAUAAAAAUCAUCAGAAGACUCUCCGACUUGAUUGUGCAUAAGAGGAAACAACCUGGGAAAGACCAUUCUUUUGCCCAAUAUGUAUGCAGAAAUUUUCCAUGAAAAGUGACAUGUUAAUACAUGCAAAGGAACAUUUGCAAAUUAGUUCAAAUGUAGCACUGAAGUAAGUGGUUGAGGGAACUAUGCAUGUGCGUGAAACUGUAUUUUCUUCCCAGGACUUGUCAUGUGAUAUAAAUGUGAGGGAAUGUAUUGAUUCAUUAUACAAAUAGGUCUACUUGAGCAGAAAAAUAUGUGAGCACAAGUCGUGCCAAUUGCAGUCAGGAGGCCACCAAACAGAUGUGUAGGAGACAACAUAUUUUGUAUACUUGUAGUCAACGAAAUCUAGGAGUCCAUUACAUGUUUCUGAUGGAAAGCCAUUUCAAUGCUUGUGAUGACCUUGUGUGUAGGAACAAUAUUAGGGGUUAAACAGACUUGAGUUGUCUGGGCAGAAUUCAAUAUCAUAUUCUGAAUAAAGCUCAAUGUAUUGGGUGGUA